GAUGCAUGAAAGUUUUCUCUGCUGCAUUUUAUUUUUUCUUUUGCCUUUGAGUCCCUAUUUCCUAUAACGAGUUCCUAUAUAGAAUUACAGUCUCCACCAUGACUUUGUUUCCCGGCGUCGCCCUCGUGACUGGUGCUGCUUCAGGCAUCGGCCGUGCGACGGCUGUCUCAUUUGCACUUGAAGGCUGUUACCAAGUCGCCAUUUGCGAUCGCAAUCUUGAAGGCCUUGUCGAGACCGAGAAAUAUAUGCGCGAGGUGUCGGCAACCUGCGAUAUCUUAGUACAUCAAGUUGAUAUGCUGCUGGAUGAUCAGAUUGAAGGGAUGGUACAAGCAGCUGUAUCGAAAUGGGGCAGGGUCGACUAUGCUGUCAAUGCUGCAGGCGUCAUUGGCAACAACGACAGAUCCACAGACACAACUUCCCAGCAAUUCGAUCUCAUCAACGGGAUCAAUUAUCGUGGGUGCUGGCUGUCGUCAAGAGCAGAGCUAGCCCAAAUGCUCAAACAAGAACCACUUCCGACUCACGAUGGACGGCCUGGGAGUAAAGGCAGUAUUGUGAAUAUUGCCAGCCAGCUUGGAGUUGUGAGCCGUCCGAAUGCACCGGCAUAUUGUGCUUCAAAAGCAGCUGUGAUUUCGAUGACGAAGAGUGAUGCUAUUGAUUACUCGAAAGACAAUAUCAGAAUCAACUGCGUUUGUCCUGGUGUCAUUGCAACACCAAUGACUCAAGGCGAUCCAGAGUUCAGAGCAGCGUUGGCUCCUGCGAUAGCCAUUGCACCCAUGGAUAGAAUGGGAACAGCGCAGGAGAUAGCAGAUGCGUGUCUAUUUUUGUGUAGUAGUAAAGCGUCUUUUGUUCAGGGGCAUGCUAUGGUCGUGGAUGGAGGGUACGUGAUUAGCUGAACUCUGAUGCGAUCUGGUAAAACUCAAAUCCGCGUGUACCUCAAUUGAACCACGCACUACUUCAUACACAAAAUGGAAAUAGCAACUAUGCUGUGUGAAGACUAGGACGCUAAGACGCGUCAAAGUUUUGACACGAAAUAGAUUGGUCUUUACAUCCACUCAGACCCCCACGCCCAACCCUUCAUGCCAACUCGGCUAUCCUUGACAACCAAAUACGGGCCGAAACGGG